AUGGUCUCCAAGGGCAUGAUCAAGGAUGCCAAGAAGCCAGCAAAAUUGAGCGGAUCAAGCGUGUGUCAAGGUUGUCUAGAAGGAAAAAUGGUUCAACGACCGUUCCCGAGCAAUCCAAACAAGCGCCACUGCGAUCCGUUUGAGCUUCUACACAUCGACACUUGUGGUCCAAUGGAAGUCGACUCGCUAGGUGGAAGCAAGUACUUGCUACUGAUCGUCGAUGAAAGCAGCGGAUGUAUGAAGGGUUUCAGUCUGCGCGCCAAGUCCGACAGCGAAGAGUGCAUCAAGAAGUACAUCAUGGCAGUACAGACGCAGUUUGACUACAAGGUCAAGUUCGUUCGACACGAUGGUGCACGAGAAUUUGCGGCAAAUUCGCUCAAGGCAUUUUACGAUGAUCAAGGAAUCGAGCAGCAAGUUACCGUUCCGUAUGCGCAUCAGACCAACGGCACGGCGGAACGGGCAAUUCGGACCAUUGUGACGAUCGGGCGCAGCAUGCUACAUUAUGCCAAGCUGAACAAGUGUUUCUGGGGUGAAGCGGCAAUGGCUGCGAUUUACAUCAAGAAUCGCCUACCGUCACCCAAGUGCCAAGAUCGAACCCCAUUCGAGAUCGUCAACGGAUUCCGACCAAGUGUGAAGCACAUGCGGGUUUUCGGCUGCCGAACGUUUGUGCUGACCCCUAAGGAAAAGAGAUCGAAAUGGGAUCCGAAGGCUCGUGAAGGACUAUUCAUGGGGUACGAAGAAGUGUCAAAGGCAUAUCGAGUUUACGACAUUGAAGCGGACCAAGUGGUGAUAUCUCGCGAUGUCACAUUCGACGAAUCAACGCUUGGUCUCUCGCCGAUGCUACCACAAGAAAUUGUUGAUGACACUGCGCUGGAUAUCGAAUCGAUGAACAUCAGCGAUCAGCCUCACCCCAUGCAGUUCAAGCAAACUGGAAAACGCAAAAGCCGUUCAAACAGUCAAGAACAAGUUCUACAACAGACACUUCUUGAGCGUCGUGGAACCGGGUUAGAAGAAGCAAGUGCCCUGGAUGACUUUGAAUCGCACCAAGCGAAGCGACGAUCAAGCGCUCGAGACAAUCUGGACGAAGAGCAAAAGGGCAGUGACGAAGGUAACGAGGAUGCUACACCUCAAGUCUUUUGGCGAGCGAGUGCCAACGCAGUCGAAGGUACUGACUUGUCUGAGCCGACAACGUUUAAAGAUGCUGUUGAUGGACCGGAUCAAGUGCUUUGGCCCUACCAUUGGCACCAAGUGGGUAUUCAAGAUCAACGGAAAGCUGAUGGAGCCAUCGAGAAAUACAAGGCGCGUCUCGUGGAAAAAGGGUUCAAGCAGAAAUAUGGCAUUAACUACACGGAAACGUUUUCGCCGGUAGUCAAGUACGUGACGCUGCGCAUGGUGGUUGCAAUCACGAAGUACUUUGACUGGACACUGGACCAACUAGACGUGGUGACAGCUUUCCUUUACGGAGAAAUGAAGGAAAAGGUAUUCUGCGCGAUCCCAGAAGGAGUCGAAGUUGAUGAAGACUUUGACUGCUUUGAACUGGUGAAGGCGAUCUACGGACUAAACAAGCAUCGCGCUGGCGAGUGCGUGCUUUUGCUGGUAUACGUCGAUGAUGUGUUGGUGACUGGCAGCUCAGCCGAACUGAUUAUACGCAUUAAGAGUGACUUAAAGGCGCGUUUCGAAAUGACCGACAGUGGGAAGUGCGCAUUCGUGUUGGGCAUCGAGCUGGUGGACAACGACAACGGUAUCGUGACGAUGUGCCAGCGACGCUACGUGGAAGAUGUUCUCAAGCGUUUUGGCAUGAGCGACUGCAAAGCCGUCACCAGCCCAACAGACAUCAGUUCUCGACUCAUACCAAGUACCGCAGCAACUAAAAUCGACGCCCCGUUUCGUGAAGCAGUAGGCGCUUUGAUGCACUUGAUGAACGCGACACGACCGGACAUUGCCUUUGCUGUGAGUUACGUUUCGCGCUUCAUGGAGAACCCCCAAGUCGAGCAUUGGAUGGCGGUCAAGCGCAUUUUGCGAUACUUACCAGGGACUAAGUCGCACGGUAUCUGUUUCAAGCCUGAUGACAAGAUAAACUUCUGUGGCUACUCGGAUGCAGACUGGGCCGGCGACCAUGCAGACCGCAAGUCGACUUCAGGAUAUGCGUUUACCCUGAUGGGUGCUCCGGUGAGCUGGGGAAGCAAAAAGCAGUCAAGUGUGUCGCUGUCAACAAGUGAAGCUGAGUACAUUGCACUAAGUCUGGCGAUUCAAGAAGGCAAGUGGGUGCAUCGAUUGCUGUGCGAGAUUCUGGAUGCCGCAGAGGACAAGUCUGGACCCGAGCUCAAGAUCAUGGAAGACAACCAAACGUGCAUCAAGAUGACGAACAAUCCUGUGAACCAUGGUCGGGCCAAGCACAUCGACAUCAAGUACCAUCACAUUCGUGAUGAAGUCAAGCGUGGUGAUGUCAAUUUGGAGUACUGUGAGACUACGACUAUGUUGGCGGACAUCAUGACGAAGGGACUGCCAGGACCACGUCACAAGGACUCGACGGCAGCGCUCGGCAUACACGCGUGUUCGCAUUGA